AGAACCAAAUCUGAAGAGAACCCACGGAGGACGAACGUAACGCUAUGAUUGUCAUCUACUAUCCUUCCCGUAAACAUGAGACUUCCAGGCGGGGUCGGACACCACCACGCUCACCAAGGGUCCUGGUCAAAGAGCGCAGCAGGAAACACUCUAGUGACUCGAGAAACCAGGUGACAGGUUCAUCUCCAAAGAACCCUUUCCGGAGAUCAUCGCGAUCAUUAACGAGAGAACCGAAGAGCCCUCGACCACUAUCAACAAUGAACAGACAAGAGCAUGCGAGCAGCUUUAAUCGCCCAGACGGGUAUUAUUUGGAUAGGAACCAUGGGCGUAGGAGCAGUAUAUCCACAUCGUAUCAUCCGCAGCCUCCUGCACCCCAUUUUGAGGCACCGAUGAGGAAUGUACGAAGACGAAGCUCCAGCUGUGUUGACAUAGUUCCACCGCUCGUUUCUUGCCUCAAGAAGAGAGAUUCCUUCGACCCAAACAGUAAUACCAGGGGACGGUCCUUACCGGGAAACCAUCGAGUAAGGUUCAAUCCCUUCGCCCAGUUGGUCACGAUAUCGCCAGCACCAACAGUAGCAAGCUGGACCUCGCGAGAUGACCAAGGGUCAUCUCCUUGGGCUUCAAGUUCAAGGAGUACUGCGCCACAAGGUGGUCAGCCUUCACAACGGGGGCAAGAGAUGCGAGAAUCAUGGUAUCCUGAUGAACGUGCCCGACAGAAGGGAAGUGGUUACAGAGACAGUCACCCGAGGCGUAGUCACCGUUCCGAGAGACGAUAUGAUAACAGAUGGUAGGCUUUACAGAUUGUCCUGCAAGUAUGGCAGACAAGUAGUUUGCUAGAGUUGGCUUCUAGUUCAUGCGAUUGUGCAUAUGUCCGAUAGCUUGAAACAUGGAGCAUAGAUGGUUAGAAACAUAAGAAAUAUGUAUGGUUCGUGAUAAUAUGGCUAGUUGUCAGCCUAUUCAAGCGCGAAGACGCAUAUCAC